AACAAAAACGUUUAGCAUUUUGCGCUCCAUAACAGAACAGUGGAACUUUGCAGAACAAUUGAUCCAUAACAUCAGUAUACAAAAAAUAGGCGACAUUGUUGCUAUCGAUGUUGGCCUAAACAUUUUUUAUAAAUAAAAACAAGAUUCUGCUGCAUCAUACGUAAAGAAUAUGUCAGAUACCGUUGCACACUGGGACAUCUCUCUGAGUGAUGGUGUGCACUCUGUAAUCUUUGAACAUGGAACAACAUCAGGAAAGAGAGUUGUUUUUCUUGAUGGCAAGGAAAUUUAUAGGAAGAAUUGGAUGUUCAAAUUGGUUGGACGAGAGGUUUUCUACAUUGGAAAGCACAAGGCCAUAAUAUCUAUAGAAGCGACUAGUGGAUUUGCAUACGAGUACUCAUUGGAAGUUAAUGGCAAAAGUUUGAAGAAAUUUACUGAAGAAAGAUCAAAAACAGCAAAAUGUUGGACACUUACACUGGAUGGAAUUGAAACAAGGAUUGUGUUUGAGAAAGACACCAUGGAUAUCUGGUGUAAUGGUAGUAAAGUACCAACAGCGGGUGAAUUUGUGGAUGAUGGCACAGAGACAAACUUCAACAUACGGGAUCAUAGCUGUUAUGUGAAGACAGUAAGCAGCUUCAAGAAAAGAGAAGGUAUUCUGCAUGCACUCUUUGUGGAUGAAGUUGAAAUACCAGAAUCAAUGCUUUAAUCCAGUUAUACUCACAAAGGGCUUCAAUCAAAGAACAAAUAACAGAAGAGGGAGCUCUUAGCGUAGUUUGCUUUAAAAUUGAUGGAAUGUCCACCCUCCUACAAGUGGAGGAAAAUUAUUGAGUUGAGAAACUAAUAAAACAAACAAAUCAGAGUGAUUACCCGACCAAUCAUGUAGAUGUAUUUGCAGCGCCCAUGAUUAUAAAGAUAUAGCGCCAUUGCUCAGAUGGAGGAAAAUUGCUCUCAUGGACGUUCCACUAUAUUGCAAACUGCUCUAUCUUCUUCUAUUUAUUAUUUUUGCUUCAAUUUACACAAAAUGCAUAACUACCAGGAAGAAUAUGGAAAAGCUUAAAGUGAUACACAAUUUUCAAUUUACUGUAUUUUAAAUGCUGUACGUGUACUAUAAAAUCUCUUUAAAAAUACACGGUCAUCGAAAUGAACUUGAAAAUUAAAAAAAAAAUAUUUCUUUUUUAAUGUGAUUAUUUCAAUUAUAGGUAGUUAGCUUUCAAAUGAAAAUUACAAACAAAUUUAAAGAUUUCUUAUUGUAAAAGUCUGUAAAUCAUUGUAAAAUGAUUUGUUUUUAUUUGUGACUUAGUUACAGGAUUCUUUUAUAUAGGCAAUUGAAAAUGUUACAAUUUUUGAAGUCUUGUGUUUUGGGGUGGCAGUGUAUCUAUAAAACAAAUGAUUUCUAUUUGCCAUUUACUUCCAUUUCACUUCUACAGUGCAUAUUGCUGGUAGUUCUAGUGUGACUAAUUGGUCAAUGCAGAUAAACAAAAUGUUUGUUAGUAUAGUUUGCAGUAUGUUUUUAAAAGAUCAUUUUUUUAUAUAUAAUUAUUUACGCUCUGUGUCCAUUUUUAAAUAUUUAUUGGAACUGUAAUCAUCUAGUUUGCAUUGCUGAUUCCCACUUGGAAGCCGCAAAACCCUUGCAUUGCAUCACUUUACAAUGAUACAUAGUGUAUGCGUCGUUGGGUCCUAGAGGGAACCAAUUUUUACUAGUAGGCACUCCAACUUUUAUAUAUUUAAUCUUCAGUCAAAAUGUUUAAUAGUAUAGUUUGCAAUAUAUUAUUUUUUUUGUAGAUAAAUUUAAUAUAUAUAAAUGUUUGUGUUCUAUGUCCAGUUUUUAAAUAUUUAUUAGAACUGCAAUCAUUUUUUUUUUGUUUAGUUGUGAAUGAUAUCACAGUACAUUAAUAUUUUUCAAUACAAAAAAAAAUGUUAUUCUUGUGCAGUUGGUAAUUAUAAGUCCAUCCAAAAUCCAACUAAUUUACUUGCAUUAUACUAGAAAUGUAUUAAUAAUCAGUAUAACCCUAUUCCUUUCACACGUUGUAUAGAAUUUAAAUUCUCAUGUUUAUUAAGAAUUUAUAUUAUAUAUAAAAAUUCUGACAAACCUUAAGAAAUCAUUUAACCCUUGAAUUACUUAUGUAAUAGGAUAUUUCAAAUUGAUUACUGUGCCAGCCAAUCUAAACAUUAAAGGAAUGCUAUUAUUUACAGUAUGUAUCUGUAAAUUGGCGAAGACAAUUUUCUCUUUCUUGUUCUAAAAAAAUGCUAAUAAAUUAUUUUUAAAAAAAGAGUAUGCAAAUCAAAUAUUAAAUUUAAUUUAUCCAUAUUUACUUCUAUUUAUAUUUUAAGUGUUUAAGCUUUAAGUGUCAGCAUGAAUAUUAAAGGCAGGGAUUUUUUUUGUUUGUACAAUGCUGGCUAAGGCCUGUGAUACAAGCUUAAAAGGUGUAGUACUUAGUAGGUUUAACAUUUAGGGGUUUAACAUUUAUAUAUACAAGGCCACAAAGAGGAACUUAGAAAUAUCUAUUUUUGCUAUACAGUGAUGGCAGUACAGUAAAGAGGCUGAAUAUUCAAUCAAAAAAGUGUUAGUUAAUUAUAUUCUCAUGUAGAUGGUCAUUCCAAAGAUAGAAUACCUUGAAAAUAUGGAUCAACAUUUUAUCCUUAAUGAGAUGUAGAUUAAUCAGUCCAAAGAUACAAAACCUUGAAAUAAUAAUCAUAAACUGUGGUAUAGGACCAUAAUCAAAUUUAUUAAGUUAAUUUACAUGAAUAUUUAGUUUUUAAAAAUGUAUGUAGUAAAUAUAAAUAUUAUUAAUGUGUGUAAAUAUAUUUUAGACCAGUGGUUCCCAAAAUUGAGUCACCAAAUAAAUUGGAGAGUAUCAAGACUAGAUUUAAGUACCAUUUAAACAUUUUACCCAUUUAGAUAUGUUUUUUAAUGUUCUGGGAAGUUGGUCAGGGCAAAUUGUUUGAGAACCACUGCCUUGGUGUUGAGCUGUAAUAGUGGAUUUCGGUGUGAACUAAUGUGUAAACAUAUAUAAAAAUACUAUACAUACUGCAACAUUGACCUUACUAAUUAUUUUAUUACCAUGUUAUUAGUGGUUGCUUAUUUUAACAAUAGCUUUAAUGUACUGUACUUUGGAAUUGGAAAAAUGGUAUAGUGUAAAAGAAAAAUGAUCUGAUAAGAUUUGAACUAUAGAUAACCUCAAGAGCAAAUUUGUUGCUCUACAAGGUGAACCAUACAAAAAAUAUGUUAGAUUUACUUAUUUGCUUUUAAAAAAAAUGAUACAAGUAUGAAAUGUGUCAUUAUAUUGUUGUGUGAUGUAUUACUUUUUUCCAAAUGAAUGGUUAUACAGUAUUAUAUUGCUUAAACAUUUCAGAUAGUUCGGUGGGCCAUCAUUCAUUAUCCAAAACCAUUAAAAUGCAGAAUUGUCAUUUCACUGCAAUUUGUAACCAGAAAUAUUAUUAUUGUUGACUUAAACAUAUCAAUAUUAUUUUAUAGCUUAACAAAAGGAGUAUUAAAUAACCAUGAACUACUGUAUAUAUGGACUGAAACCAUUGAAUAAAGCUAUACAUUUGGUAAAA